CGUGAGAGCAUGUUGGUCGGAAGUCAUCACAUAUUCUCAUCCGGUGGCGGUUUGGUCAAUUUCCGGCUAAUCUUAGCCACUAUAAUUAUAACCUUCAAGUGGAGGAGAGACGGGAUAUUUUGGAAUAUGCUCUUCGAAGCAUCAAUGUCCUUGCAGUGAUAAUACAUAUUCUCUUUUCUCACUAGUCGUUCCCCAUAAAUUAUGGUGCUCAUGAGUAACAAUUGAAACACAUUUUCGACAUUAGCUAACUAGCCUCACGUAGAGCAUAACUCUCAUUUCUUUUACCGAGAAAGAAAGGAUGGUGAAGUUCUCCAAGCGGUUUGAGGGUCAGCUUGUGCCUGAGUGGAAAGAGGCCUUUGUUGAUUACUGGCAACUUAAGAAAGACCUCAAAAAGUUCCAUCUGCUUCAUAGCAACACGACCACCACCACCACCACCAAGACUCACCACCAGGUCCACCACCACCACCACCAACAUGCCUCUUUGUCCAACUUCUUUUCUUCUCUUCAGAAGUAUUCUCCAAUUCCAUUGCCCCAUCAAUGUAGAGAUCACCAUGGAGCCAUUCUAGUUCAUAAGAAAAUUUCAUCAUCCGCGAGUAGGGGCGAUUUGUACGAAACUGAAAUUCUUGAGCAAUUUGAGGAUACUGAAGCUGUCAAGGAGUUCUUUGCUUGUUUGGACUUUCAACUUAACAAAGUGAAUCAAUUUUACAAAACUAAGGAGAAAGAGUUCUUGGAGAGGGGGGAAUCCUUGAAGAAACAAUUGGACAUUCUCACUGGGCUCAAAACUGCUUGCAAGCAACAGCGUGGCAAUGGAGCUUCUGGUCAGGACUCCAAGGAGGACGUAUCUAUAUCAUGCACCAUCUCUUGUGAGGAGGACUCUGUAAAGGACAGAACAGAAGAAGAGCAGGUGCAAGAAACCAGCUCAGAUGACUUGGAAAAAAAUGAAGGGCUAGACUCCCCAAGAUCAGAAGAGAUGGGACAAUCAAUGGGAAUGAAAAGAGAAGAGAACAAACUGAGGACACUCUCCGGUUGUGUUAUCAAUUGCCAGGGAAAGAACUUAAAGAUAAACGUUCCUUUAACAACACCUUCUCGUACCUUUUCUGCUCUUAGUUAUCUAGUUUGGCAAGAUUUAAUUAACCAGUCGUCCAAGAAAUGCAACCCUGAAGGAAAGAGACUGCAUGUCAACAAAACAAAGUUGCAUCAUGCGGAGAAGAUGAUUAAAGGAGCUUUUGUUGAGCUCUAUAAAGGACUAAGUUACCUCAAGACUUACAGGAACUUGAAUUUGCUAGCUUUUAUAAAGAUUUUGAAGAAGUUUGAUAAGGUCACUGGAAAGCAAGUUCUUCCCAUCUAUCUAAAAGUUGUUGAAAGUUCCUAUUUUAACAGCUCUGACAAGGUAAUGAAUUUAGUUGACGAAGUUGAGGAGCUAUUUGGUAGACAUUUCGCUCAAGAGGACAGAAGAAAGGCCAUGAAAUAUCUUAAACCCCAACAACGUAAAUUAUCACACAGUGUAACCUUCUUCAUUGGAUUGUUCACUGGGUGCUUCAUUGCUCUUCUUGCUGGAUAUGUUAUAAUGGCUCAUAUUACUGGGAUGUACAGACGACAGGCAGAUACAGUCUACAUGGAAACUGUCUAUCCUGUGCUUAGCAUGUUCAGCCUGCUGUUCCUACACUUCUUUCUGUAUGGUUGCAACAUUUUUAUGUGGAGGAAGACUAGGAUAAAUUAUAGCUUUAUUUUUGAAUUUGCCCCUACCAAGGAGCUUAAGUACAGAGAAGUGUUCUUGAUGUGUACCGUGGCGAUGACUGCUGUAGUUGGAGUCAUGUUUAUUCAUUUGUCACUUCUUACAAAAGGGUAUUCGUAUUCCCAAGUUCAAGCCAUCCCUGGUCUUCUGUUAUUGAUGCUCCUGUCAUUGCUAGUGUGCCCCUUCAACAUAUGCUACCGGUCUAGUCGUUACCGUUUCCUUUGUGUAAUAAGGAGCAUCAUUUUUUCACCUCUCUAUAAGGUUGUGAUGCUGGACUUCUUCAUGGCUGACCAACUCUGUAGUCAGGUACCAAUGCUUAGGAACCUUGAGUAUGUGGCAUGUUACUAUAUAACCGGGAGCUUCAAAACACAGGACUAUGGCUACUGCAUGAGGGCCAAGCAUUACAGUGAUCUUGCUUAUGCUGUGUCCUUCCUGCCAUACUACUGGAGAGCUAUGCAGUGUGCCAGGCGAUGGUUCGAUGAAGGACAGACAAGCCACCUUGUCAAUCUAGGCAAGUACGUAUCAGCUAUGUUAGCAGCAGGAGCCAAAGUGGCCUAUGAGAAAGAAAGGAGCGUUGGAUGGCUGUGUCUUGUUGUGGUUAUGUCAAGUGCUGCGACAGUUUACCAAUUGUAUUGGGAUUUUGUAAAGGAUUGGGGUUUGCUCCAAAUGAAUUCCAAGAACCCUUGGCUAAGGAAUGAAUUAAUGCUUCGUCGAAAGUUCAUUUACUACUUCUCCAUGGGAUUGAACCUCAUCCUCAGGCUUGCUUGGUUACAGACAGUCCUGCAUUCAAAUUUUGAACAUGUUGAUUAUAGAGUAACUGGGCUAUUCUUGGCUGCCCUUGAAGUCAUUAGAAGAGGGCAGUGGAAUUUUUACAGGUUGGAGAAUGAGCAUCUAAAUAAUGCUGGUAAGUUUAGAGCUGUUAAAACAGUGCCACUUCCUUUUCAUGAAGUGGAUGAGGAAGACUGAUGCCCAUUAGCAGCAGUUGACUGCAGAAUUCGAUUCGGGAUCAAUUUCAACCAAAAAUUUCCAUUAGGCGCUUAACGUCCUCGCACGAGUUGUUGUAACAAUACACAUCAACUUGAUUAUUAUUGUUCCAUGGAUAUCGGAAAAUAAAAGGGUUCAUACUUGUAUAAAGAAUGUUCUUCGAGGAUAAGAAGAUCAUAAGUCCUCGCCUUUUUCAGAAUAAUCUUGCUAGCUCUGUGUUUGUGUACAGAUUCUUGCUCCAGAUUAGACCUUGUUAAAGAAAAAUAAUCUGACAAAUCCAAUUUGAGUUGAUGUUCAACUCCUUAUUGCAUUGAAAUCCCUGCUUCCUGAAGAUGUGCUCUAGCAGACUUUUAUAACCCACUUCCGCAAAGCAACAACAAAUUUGAGACGGUGUAAUGACAUAGUGAAUUCAUAGAA